AUGGCCUGUGUAGCGGUGUCCGCCGAGACACAGCCAUUUUCUCUGCGUGACGAAGCGCGUUAUAUGAGCUCCCAUCGCUCUUCUGCCUUCGAUUCUACAAAGAAGCUCCGUCACAUGCCCAUUGCAUUCGUGAGUGCAGGCUGUCUGGAAGGCACUGUGAAAGAGAAGCCACCUCCCGUCGAUUCCACCCACGGUCCAGCGUCACCCUCUCUGCCUCAGAGUCCAGUCGCUACCGUUGCCCUUGCCCAGAUGACGAUCCGCAGCCCUUCGCCAGCACUGUCAGCGGCCUCCUCAGGCGCGUCCUCCGAAGAGCUGAUUGUCUUUAGAGGACGUGGGCACACACCACUCACCCAGAACGAGUCGCCGUCCCUUCCUAAAAAAGCUGAUACCGCUCCUACCGUCGUUUCUCUCACCAUCCAGUCCACCCACGGUGCCAUGAUGUCGCACUUACAGCCGGAUUCACUCCCUCACGGUCAGUCCGACAUUGAUUCGGACACAAACAGCGUCGUCGACUCCCACUUUGAGAGGCGCCGUGGUGGACGUGCUCGCUGGGAAGGCAUAUCCGCCGAGUGGGUGUCCAGGAGCAAGCCAGGUAUCGGGUGGUUGCCUUCGAACGAGCGGCCCGACAUGGACGCUUUCGUGAAAGGUGAGGUAGAUCCUCGUGAUGCGGCUCUGGACGACUAUCUACAGAAUGCCGAAGCUUUCGGUCUGACUGGCGAGAUGCUUGGCUUCGCGGCAGGCCGUGAGCUGGACCUGGAUGCGGGAAGCCACAACGAUUGGGAGUCUGAGGAAGAGCCCGAGAUACCGCCGCAGCUUGAACAGGACGAGAAUGACGGGUGGACCUCAGAUCUGGCUCGCGACCUCGACGUGUUGAGCACUUCAGACGACGUUGAAGGCAUCGUUGCUCAUGUCACUGGUCGACGCACGCGGCCGCACGGCGUUCAAUACCAGGUCGUCUACGAGGGAUGCACGCGAGACGAUGCUCGGUGGCUGCCGGUCGCCUUCCUAACCACGCCAUCGGACAAAUUUCUCAUUGAGGCGUACGAAGCCCAGCGCUUGGCUCGUGAGCAGCAACAAAUGUCUAGCAGCUCUGAUAGUGACCCCGAGUUCAAUAUUGAUGGUGACUCGAGCGAAGAGCAGGAUGAUAUGGACGACGAGCAACUUGCGCGAGCUCUUCAAAAACAGGAAGAAUUGGGUAUUGAUGAUAGUGAUCUUAUUCUGUAUGGCGCGGACGAGUUUUUCAGGGGUCCAGUCAGCACGACCUCUAGGGCCUCUCGAACCACCUUCGAUCGCCCGAAUAAGAGACGGCAACAGCGAGCUGGCGGAGGCCGACGUACCGAGCACUUGUUUCCUUCCGCUUCAGCAAUGGCCGAUGCGCUCGGCAUGGAUCCUUAUAACGGAUUUGACAUCAUGGACACCGAGCGUCCGUCCCUGAAAAUCAAGAAGAAAGGCCGCCGUGGUCAGCUGCCGCCUGAACUCGACGAUCCGGAUCUGAAUGAACAGCUACAGGCGUCGUGGGAUGCCGAUCGACGUAAAAAGCGCCUUAAGAAGGCCGAGCGGGAGGAGCUCCGUAAACAAGGCCUGUUGGGUAGAAAAGACAAGACUCCAAACCUCAGCGUUAAGUACAAGGACGGUUUCGUCAUGGAGGAUGUCAUGGAGGAGAUUCGCGAUUUCUGGGCAACAGAUAUGGCGACCCUCUCCCUACCCGCUAUGGAAGCCCAUCGACGCGCUGUGAUCCAUCAGUUCGUAGGCGAGUUCGGCAUCAACUCGAAAUCGCAGGGCGAUGGGGCCAAACGGCAUACGGUACUUUCCAAAACUGUUCGCACACUCCAAUUUGACGAUGAUCUGUUCGACAGCACCCUGGCACAAAAGAAGUAUACGCGUCGUCUGCAUGCUGUGAGCAGCUACCCUCCGCAGAAGAAGAAGGAGAAGGGUACGAAGACUCGCCCGACAGUAUCAUACAAGGACGGAGAGGUCGUCGGCGCGAAGGCCCCGGAGCUAGGUGCUGAAAAUAAGGGUCGUGCUAUGCUCGAGAAGAUGGGCUGGAGUAAGGGUAUGGCUCUCGGUGCCAUGGACAAUAAGGGCAUCUUGCAGCCUAUCACGCAUACCGUGAAGAUCACCAAGGCCGGAUUGCGGUAG